AUGGCUGCGGCGGCCCCUUCUCCUCCAGCGUGGGCGCGGCCGUCCGUCCCACCACCGCACGGGCACGACCUCCCAUCCCCGGCAGAUCCCUCCCCGGCGGCCUCCCCGGACGGCGACGGUGACGAGCGCAGCCUGGUGGAGCGCAAUGGGGACGGAGGCCAGACCCAGCGCGGCGAGCGUGAGCGCCCCGCGUCGUUGGGCAGGAGGAGCGCGAAGGAGACGGCGUCGAAUGGGAAGCCGAUGCGGGAGAGGAGGAGCAACGCGACCUGGCCGUCGAGGACGAGGAGGACGGCGAGCGCGGAGAAGCCGAGGUAG